AUGCCAGUCAUCGAAAUCACAAGCCAGGACCAAUUCACGGACCUUACAACAACAAAGGCCGGAAACAGGCUCAUCUCCCUUUACUUCCACACCAACUGGGCAGAACCAUGCAAAGUAAUGAACGAAGUAUACUCUGCCAUCAGUGACGAACCUUCUAACAAGGACGUUUCCUUCUUGGCCAUCGACGCCGAUACAAACUCUGAAAUUUCAGAACUCUUCGAAGUCUCGGCUGUGCCUUAUUUCGUCAUCAUUCAAAACGGUACCAUCCUAAAGGAGCUAUCUGGUGCUGAUCCAAAGGAAUUCAUCGCCGUCCUAGAUGAAUGUAUAAAGUCCACCACUGCCACUGACGCACCAAACAAUACCGCUCAAGAUGAAGAAGCGGAAGACGAAGAGGAAACAGAAGAAGAAUUGAAUGUUAGACUUGCUAAAUUGGUCAACGCAGCACCAGUGAUGCUAUUCAUGAAGGGGAACCCAUCUGAACCAAAAUGUGGCUUUUCUAGACAAAUCGUCGGCAUCCUAAGAGAACAUCAAGUCAGAUUCGGUUUCUUCGAUAUCUUAAGAGAUAAUUCCAUUAGAGAACAAUUAAAAAAAUUUUCAGAUUGGCCUACUUUCCCUCAAUUGUAUAUGAACGGGGAAUUCCAAGGUGGGUUGGACAUCAUUAAGGAAUCGUUGGAGGAAGACCCAGAUUUCUUUCAACAUGCCUUACAGGCUUGA